UAUCCCGCAGGGCAGGGAUUUUGUUCUGCUCUGGGAUUGAUUGGUUUGGGCUGCUUCUACAGUAAGGCGCUUGCCGGCUAUUAGUGACACUAGUUAGGAUUGGAGGCUCUUUUCCUUGGAAGGGAUGGGGGUGCCAGCUCCCCGUAGCUCUGGCUCCCUGCACCUGACAUGGGGCUUUGCUGCUGCAGAGACAGAAAGAACCUGAGCUCAGGUGACAAAGUGACAGUAAAUCAUGAAACCUUUCUUCUUAUGGCCAAUUCACAUCAUGAGAUGGAGGAUUGGGUGAGGGCCAUACACAAGGUCAUUUGGGCUCCAUUUGGUGGAGCAGUCUUUGGACAGAGGCUAGAGGACGCAGUCAGCCUGGAGACCAGACAUGCUCCCCUGGUGGUGGAACAGUGUGUAGAUUUUAUACGUGAGAAUGGGUUGCAAGAGGAGGGCCUAUUCAGAUUGCCAGGACAGGCCACACUUGUAAAAGAGCUUCAAGACACCUUUGACUCUGGAGGCAAACCAACAUUUGAUAAGAGUACAGAUGUACAUACAGUGGCAUCUCUCCUCAAACUCUACUUGCGGGAACUACCAGAACCUGUAAUACCAUUUAGUAGAUACCAAGACUUCUUGAGAUGUGCACACAUUUUGUCAGGGGACCAAGGAGAGGGCACUCAGGAACUGAGCAUUUUGAUUAAAAGCCUGCCUCCUGUCAACUAUAACCUUUUGAAGUACAUCUGCAGUUUCCUGGAUGAAGUGCAGUCUUACUCAGACACUAAUAAGAUGAACGUGCAGAAUCUAGCCACUGUUUUUGCUCCUAAUAUCUUAAGGCCCAAACAACAGGACCCAGUAGCUCUCAUUGAAGGGGCUUCUUUAAUUCAACAUCUUCUGACUAUUCUGAUUCACGAGAACCAUUGGAUUUUUCAAGCAGUUUCAGCUGACUCUCCUGUCGGUGUGUCUGUACAACAGAUUGACAAUACACAAAGUAUUCAAGAUGUUGAUACAGCAAAGUCCUUGGAGCCAACUCUUCAUGGGAACCAUGAACAAACUUGGGCAAAAAGUCAGAUAUUUGCUAACUGGAAGGCAUCAUUCAUGUUAUCCAGUAGUAAACCGGUUUUCCCAAGUUGUGAUCCUUCCAACCUACCACCAAGUGUAUCCUGGUUGCAAGAUGGUUUUUCUUCCCUUCGCAGUCACAAAGAAAAGGAUUCUGUCAAAGCACAACGAUUGUCAUCAUAUGAUAAUGUCCCAUCAUGCCUACCAUCCCUGCCUAGCAGUAACUGGUCCUCAUUCAGCAAUGUCUCCUUGAAUGAAUCUUUGUGCAGCUGCCCAGCUUGUGGUGGGAGCCAGGUGUCUCAAGGUUCGGAAUCUGGAUGGCACUUGUCCCUGUCAGAAAGUGAAAGAGGUAUCUUACCACUGCCCAGCAGUAUAGAGAGACUUGAGCUGUGUGUGAGCAGCAGUGGCAACAGUGAUACAUUGACCUCGGAUUCUGGUGAGGUCUGGAAUACAUAUCAAAAGAUAGUGUCAGAGCUGAAAGAACAACUAGCCAAGCAGCAGGUAGAGUAUGAGAACAAAAUUGAAAGUUUGGAAAAAUCAAGAGCUGAAGUCCUUGUCCAUGUCAGAAGCCUUCAAAAUACACUGGAUCAGGAGAAGAAUCGCUGCACUUUGCUUGAAAUCAAGCUGAGAAACUCAGAGAGGGGGCGCAAGGAUGCAGAAUUCAGGAACACUGUCCUGCAGAAGGAGAUGGAGGAAUUCUUUCAGUCUUUGGGAAACCUAUCUCAGCCUAGGACCUCAAAUAAUCCAAAUAAAGAUUACAUAUAAAAGGCAUAUACAAAUGAGAUCUUUGUCAAGAAUAUGCCAGAACUCCACAUGAGUUAAGCCUAAAAAUGUGCCUAUUAAAACCAGUUUCUGAUACUUCCGA